AGCUCGAAUAGUUCAUCUCAUCAAAGGAGUGGCUUAAAUUUUUUGUUUUUCUGUUUUGUUUUGUUUUUUGUGAAUUAAUUAAUUAUUGAUUCGAUUCAAUCAAUGAUUUGAUUGACAGUUUUUGUUUUGCAACAACAUCCAUAUCCUUCAAUAAUAUUUCCGAUGAAUAAUUUUGUUUAAAAUUUCAUCUUUUGUUUUGCGUUCGAAAAUAUUCAUCUUUAUUCACAAAAAUUUCGAGCAAAAUCAACAAAACAAUAAUGACAUCAACAAUAAGUCGACGUCAGAUAUUAUCACGAUCCCGUGAUACAGGUCUCAAUCAACAACAACAAAAACAACCAAUGAAUCGUUUUGCACCAUAUGAAGAUUAUGAAGAAAUGUGGUUCUCUCAUGAACAUUUAUUCAAGGAUCAUAUAGCUGAAGUUUUACGUAAAUGGGAACAAAUUGAUGAUGAAAUAUGGGCAAAAAUGAUAUUUAUGAGCCGUAAUCGUCGUAUUGCUAAAGCAUAUGUACGUGUUCCUGCUGUUAUAAUCGAUGGUACUGAUAAUGGUUUUGAUGGUUAUCGUGUUGGUUUGAAUGGUUUUGAAGAUCCAUUUAGAGAUUCAAUGACCGAUCAAUUAAUGAAUUCAAUUGAAAAGGGAUGUCGUAUCGGUAUCGAUGAUAAUGGAAAUAUAUUAAUCAAACGUUAUAGUAUGUCAAAUGUAUUUGUACGAUCAUAUCCAUUAGAUUAUAGUCAUUCAUGUGUAGAUAAUAAUAUUAAACGUAUGAAUGGUUGUUUAGAAUUACAGAAAAAAUAUUUAUUAUUUGAUAUGUCAAAAUUUGAAAUGGCAAUGAUGAAUGAAUUAAAAUCAGCAUAUCCUGAUCGUUAUCGUUUAGAACAACAAUGUAUUAUUAUUAUUGGUUUUGUUCGUGAUCAUCCAGAUUCAAUAUUAGAUAUGCCUUGUUAUGUUAUGUUAAUCAAUAUUGUUGCAUUGGAUAUGUUAAAAUCAAAAUUAAAUCCAGUCAUGUAUCGUAAUAUUGUACAAAAGAAACGACCAGUACCAGAAUUUGUAUCAAUAUUUCAACAAUAUGAUGACGGUUCAGAUAAUGAUAUUAAUGAUGAUGAUGAUGAUGAUGAUAAUCAUUAUCCAAUUUAUGGAAAAAUAAACGAAUCAUCAUAUGGUGAUAAUUAUUCAUGGAAAAAUAAUCGAUUUACUAAUGGUGAUAAUAAUAGACGUAAUAAUAGAUUAUUAUAUUCACAUGAAAAUGGACCACAUUCAAUGCCAACAUUGAUAAAUAUUCAUCCACCUAUGCUUCCAUCACGACAAUCAGAAAUGUCAAUCAAUACAAUUAAUACUAAUAAACCACCAAAAUUACCACCACGUGAUAAGAAAAAACUUUCUCGACAGAUUAAUACGAUAAAAUCGGCAAGAAAAAAUCAAAAAAAUCAUAAUAAUUCAACGUUUGGACGAUCAGUAGAGAUUCCAUCACCGGAUUAUCAUCAUAAUAAUGAUGAAAUAUUAUCAACCACAACCACCAAUACAACUAAUAAUACAAUAAAAUCUAGAUCAAAUCGUACAAAUACAAAACGUUUAAUAAAUGAUAAUGAUGAUGUUGAUGAAAAUAUUUAUGGAACAAUAAUGUUAAAUAAUAAUAGAAAUGGUCAUUAUCAACGUGAACAAAAUAGCCGUAUCAAUCAUAAUAAUAACCAUUAUUAUAAUAAAAAUUGGCCGAUAUCAACAACAAUUAAUGAUCGAUAUGAACGUUCGAUGACAAAAUCAAUGCCGACAUAUUAUCAUAGUAAUAAUAAUAAUAAUGGUAGAACCGUGACUGGUCCAUCUUCAUUUCAUCAUCUUUCAACAAAUUCUACAUCGAUUAAUCGUACAUUUAGAGGUGAUGGCCCAAAUCUAUUAAUGAAUAUAAAUCGUUUGGAUGAAGAUCCAUAUUAUUCAGGUCUUGAAGCACGUGUUACAUCGAAUCGUUUGCAUAAUACAAAUCAUCGUCAUCAUCAAAAUAAUUCAAAUAAUAAUAAUAAUAAUGAUGAUGAUGAUAAUGUUGCUAAUGUUACAAAAACGAAAGGUUUAAAUUGGAUGAUGCGUAAAGUUCUUUCAUCUAAUUAUAUAAAUAUACUUACAUCACGACGACAGAAAAAACAAAAUAAUAAUAUUAAUAAUACAAAAAUACCAAAAUCAAAAUCAUCAACAAAUGAAUCAUCAACAGAUUCGGAUCCAUACGUAUCUAUUAAUGAUGUUUAUGAGCCCAUCUAUGGUUAUGGCAUCAACAACAACAACAAUAAUAAUAAUUCACGGAUGUCAAAUGGAUGGCCAACUAUUCAGGCACGAAUUAAACCAUAGUGUUCAUUGUUCAUUUGUAACAAAUUUUUUUUUUGCAUUUAUUUAUUAAAUUAUUCAAGUCAUCCAAAAGAUUUUUUCAUGUCAAAUCUACUUCGA